AUGGCGCGGUUGGGGACUGCCGCCCGUGUCGCCUGGGGUAGGCGACGCGGGGGCCGAGGGCCUGGUACACCCCGCGCCUCCGCCGUCUGCAAGCGCUGGCGCCGCCUCGUCUCCGACCGCGGCUUCCUCCGCCGCUACCGCCGACACCACCGCCGCAGCCCUCCCCUCCUUGGUUUCUUCCGCGACGAGCUUCCAGACCUCACCUACACGCCUACCAUGGAGGCCCCCGAUCGUAUCCCCGCCGGACGCUUCUCCUUGCAUCUGUACGACAGCCGCGCCAGAAUCCUCAGCUGCCGCCAUGGACUCCUGCUCGUCGCCCGCUCAUCGCGAACCAAGUUCCUGGUGUGGAACCCCGUCACCCGCGACCAGCACAGGCUUGUCGCGCCACCGGCGUUCGACACCUACGCAGCUCAGGUGGACGGGGCGGUGCUCCGGGCUGCUGGAGACGCCCACCACUUCCAGGUGGUAUUGGUAAGCUACCAACAGAAACAAGUGGUCGCCUGCAUUUACUCCUCGGAGACUGGUGUAUGGAGUGAUCUCAUGUCAACACCAGUCCAAAGCGCGGCCGUGGAUUGGGAAGGCAUGCCUGCUGUGUUGGUCGGGGAUUCCCUUCACUGGCUGCUCUCUUGCGGUGGUGCAGAUGUAAUUCUCCAGGUUAAUUUGAGUAGGCGGAGCCUAGCUUUGAUACAGUUAUGCGAGCAGAGGGUGGCGGGCUGGGUUUACUGCUCCGCAAGAAAGGCUUCACCGCCCAAUUAUGGAAGAGGAAUGCUGGUUGUGAUGGUGUUGCUUCGUGGGUGCUGGGAAGAACCAUUAAACUGGACAAGCUACUUUCCCUGA